CGGUCAAUUGAUCAUAAACGCUUCACCGUCACGUCAGCUCCUGAUUGAUAAUGCCUGCGUAGCAUCAGCGUCCCCAUCACCAGCGUCACGUUGUCUGUUUCUGCUCCUACGAGUAUAUUAUAUGUCAUCUUCCAUGCUUGCUUAAUCUACGGCGACUCUCCAAUUCUCUUCCUGGCUCCAGGCAUUGGCUGUCAAUCACUCGCUAAUUCCCUUAAAAACACAACUGCCUCAUCUAACCCCAAGCCAAAACACUACCACCACCACCCAAUUCAGCGCCGGCAAUUCGAGAAUCGAUGGCGGAAUUAGACGUAGACACAGCAUCAGCAUCGACCCUCGGGUCCAAUACGGCGGACCGCGAAAAACCUGACGACAGUCCCAGCCCAGAAGGAGACGACGCUGGUUUGGACCUGCAAACCACCCGUUCAAACCGGAGUUCUAUGAGGCAGGUGGGCCGAGUGGUGUCGCAGAACGGCUAUGGCGUGUCGCAUGAGCAGGACAACGAGAAGGCCUUGGGAGCAGGGCAGCCGGAAAAGGACCCGUACGAAGUUGGCUGGGAUGGUGGCGACGACGACCCGUUGAAUCCAAGAAGCUUCCACAAAGCGCGCAAGUGGUUGAUUGUGUUUAUCGUUGCGGCUGGAAGUCUUACCGUAACAUGCGCCAGCUCAAUAUACACGAUGACUUACGUGCAGAUGGAGGCUGAAUUCCACAAUUCCCGCGAGGUUUCCAUCCUGGGCCUCUCCUUCUUCAUCCUUGGCAUCGCCUUCGGCCCCAUGUUUCUCGGCCCCCUCAGCGAGUUCUUCGGCCGCCGCCCCAUCUACCUGGUCUCCUGGACCAUGUACGUGAUCUGGCUGAUACCCCAGACGGUCGCCAAGAACGUGGCGACGAUGAUUGUCACCCGUUUCCUCGACGGCCUGGCGGGGAGCGCCUUUCUGACCGUCUCGGGCGGCACCGUGGGCGACAUGUUUGCCAAAGACGAGCUGCAGCUGCCCAUGGCCGCCUUUACCAUUGCGCCGUUUAUUGGGCCCAGCGUCGGGCCUAUUUUGGGCGGCUUCAUCAACCAGUUCACUUCCUGGCGGUGGACGUACUAUGUGCUCAUCAUCUGGGCCGGCGUCAUGUGGGUUGCUAUAGUCUUGCUCGUGCCUGAGACAUUCCAUGCGAUAUUGCUCAGAAACAAGGCCCGCCAAAUCCGAAAGGAGACGGGCGACGACCGAUGGCUUGCUCCUACAGAAAAAGUGCAAAAGUCGGUCGUCAAAGCCGUGCUCAUCUCCCUGCAGCGCCCCUUUCAGCUGCUCAUGUUCGAGCCCAUAUGCCUCUUCCUCGACAUCUUCUGCGCCAUCCUGCUUGGCAUCCUGUAUGUCUUCUUCGGGGCCUUCUCCAUCGUCUUUGGCACUCACCAUGGCCUGGAGCAAUGGCAAGUCGGCCUGACCUUUGUGGGCCUCGGGCUGGGCAUGAUCAUCGGCAUGCUGACGGACCCGGUGUGGCACCGAAUCCGCAACAGGCUGAUUGAGAAGCUGUCGCAGGAGACUGGCGUGCCGGGCAGCAGCGAGCCCGAGUUUCGGCUGCCGCCAGCCAUCUUGGGGUCCUUCCUGGUGUCUAUUGGCAUCUUCAUGUUCGCGUGGACGUCGUACCCGUCUGUGCACUGGAUCGUGCCCAUCAUUGGAUCGGCCAUAUUUGGAGUAGGAAACAUGCUCGUUUUCUCCGGCAUUUUUACUUUCUUAGUCGACGCAUAUCCUGCGUAUGCCGCCAGUGCCCUGGCUGCCAACACAUUUGUGCGCUGUUCAUUUGCAGGUGUGUUUCCUCUUUUCGGAGCACAAAUGUACCAUAGGCUCGGAGACCAGUGGGCUUCAUCGUUGCUGGCGUUUCUGACCGUGGUCAUGAUACCGUUCCCGUAUAUCUUUUUCAAAUAUGGCAAGAAGAUUAGGAGCAAGAGCCGGUAUGCUAGGUCAUAGGCGACGGAGCAUUUACCUUGGCAUUGCUAUUUUAGAGAACAUCUGGAUAAGGGGUGUGUGGGAGUUAUACGAAUCGAUACACCUUAUUGGAGGGUAAUACAAGCAAACUGGGAAUAAUUAUUGGACAUUUUCUUUGGGCGUAUGGGAUAAAAAGCGAUAUGGAAAGAGAGAAGAGAGAAGAGAGAAGAAGAAGAAGGAGAAGAGAUGCCUUUUUGGGACUUUAGACUAUCGGAUAAUACACCAGGCCUCGGCUGGAAACUCGAGGUUGCAGCAUAGGAUGAGCGAAACUGACGGAUACGACUAUAAUAGACAAUGAAACAGAGUACCAGCAUGGAGCAUUGUAAUAAGAGACCCCCCCAAGAAUGGAAGGAUUUGCAACAUGCAUUAUACCGAACUUCUUUGGACAGGGAUGCGAGUCAACGGAACGGGCGUCUGCAGGGAGUCGUCUCUGCAGGCAGAGUGAAAGCAGAAGCCCAG